ACCAAAGAUAAUUUGCACUUGAAAGCGCCCCCGUAUUUCGACUGUGAAAUCUGAUUCUUACUGGUCUGUCGCAAUAAUGAAACCUACACGCGCGUGUGUGGUUAGUACGCUGAAUUAUUGACUAGGCUCCGCGACAGUGUUUGUAUACACACAUGCAUAUAUAAAUGCUAUAUUAGCGUACAUUUCAACUUCAUCUGACCAGUUGACAAGUCUCUUUCCAAACGAUCACUCCUUUAUUGACAGUUGUAAAUAGAUCUAUAAAAGUGACAUACCAUCUCUAUGAAAUGAAGUUUUUGAGAUAGCACAGUUAAAACGUUUAAACAGAAAAACAUAUUUCCUAUACAGGCUCACGUUAGUAUCAUUGGCAACAACUUACAUUGGGAUUGUAGACUGUUUGAUAAACUUUGGACCUGAGUGACACUAUUCUGAAAACGUUGACAGAAAAAGGAUGCAGCCAAACAUAUACGUGUGUUCGUACGUGGCGGUGGUGGUGGUAAUACUCUCUACUAUUGCGCACUGUUACCCCAGCAAACAAAUAGACUUAUUCACAGACUCUCUGCCAGAUGACUCAUAUUUUUUUGAAGAUCGAUCUGACAGAAGAGCGUCCCUUGCAGCACCCGUCCUGUCUCUGUCUUCGCGGACAUACCAUCCUCUACAACAACUCAUAAAGCGUGGAUACCAAAACAAGCGAUACAGUUUGAAUGAUCUGAUCGCACGACUCCGAGCUAUGGUAGGAAGUGACGAAAUUCGCCAUUCAGGAAGAUCGUCAUACCUUCGAUUCGGCGCAGGGGGCAAGAGAUGAAGUGCCAAGUGACGAUGGUGUAAAAGCUAGGACUUUUGUCAUGUAACGCUGUUUCGAUGAAUUACACACAACCUACACUUUUCGGUGUAGUGUACAGAGAUAUCUUUAUUUAAGCAUCCUCUAUAUUUGAAAGAGAAGUUUUGGUUUUAAACGAUAUGCUUCGAGGGCAAAAAACGACAAAAAAUAGAAGGAUAUAUUUAGAGCAUAACUGUUGGAGCUUCGUCAAUAAAAUGCAGUUUUUAUCAUCCAA